AUGCGCCUGUCGACAUGGCUUCCCGCGUUCGGGGUGGCGCUCAUUAUGCCGUCGGCCGCCAUCGCCGCAGAAGGGCCAAUCUACACUUACACGCCGCCAAUUCACUCUAUCGCUCGGCCGCCCGAGCCUAAGCCUCUUUUGACAUGGGAGUACAACAAGAAGCCGGCCACGUUUCGCUACAACGUCACGACCGCGUCCGACACGAACUGGAUCGGCGUUUUCUACUCCUUCGGCGGCGUACCGGUCAACGGGACCAAGUCCAUGGACCCUCUGACCUGGGAUUACGCCAAGGGCAAGGAGGGCGAGGUGCGCCUCAACGCAUCAAAGCUCGGUCAGGGCAGCUACAAGGCAAUUCUGAUGGCGGACGACACGUACGAGGCCAUCGCGCCGCCGGUCAGUUUCAACACGGCCGAAAAGACGAAUGUCCGAUACUAUACAUACAAGAUGAACCUGCGCCCUGCGCGGGAGGGCGAAUACUGGAGCUUCGACGCCAGUAAAAUGACCAACAUUGAGGGCGACGACGAGAACUUAUACUACCUCGUCUACAGCUCUGGCGACGGCUGGGUUCACUCAACCCACACCGGCAUCCUGUACGGCACGCCGACCAAGAAGUCCAGGCGCAAGACGUCGCUGGCCGUCAAGGUCAUGGGUCGCAACAAACUGUCGUAUUUUAUGGAAGCCGUGGUGGAAGUGCGCGGCCCCGAUGUGCCCAUGGUGAAGGAGCUCAAGGUCAUGAGCAUGAACCUGUGGUACGGCGGCACCCAGGUCAAGGACUACCACGCCAAGCAGGUCAAAGUGAUCAACCAGCUCAACGCCGACAUUGUCGGCCUCCAGGAAACGGACGGUAUCCAUGCGCUGCGGCUCGCGCACGCCCUCGGCUGGUGGGCGUACGAGUCAUGGGAUGCCUCAAUCAUCUCGCGGUAUCCGAUUGUCGAGGCGCUCGACAGCACGAACAAGACGGCGGCGGUGCGCAUCGCUCUCGACGGCGAUAAGCAGCAGGUCAUUGUCUGGGGCGCUCACCUCGGCUUCCAGCAGUACGGGCCGUACGGGUUCUGCUUCGAGGGCAAGGACAACAAGACGGUGAUGCAGCAGGAGGACGACUCGGGGCGGACCGCCGAGGCGCAGGAGCUCAGCGACGCCAUCAAGCCGUACAUCAACGGCAGCGACACUGUGCCGGUGCUUCUGACGGGCGACUUCAACUCCCCCUCGCACCUCGACUACACGGAGGCGACCAAGGACAUGCACUGCGGCGCCGGCGAGAUGCAGUGGCCGUCGUCGUGGUACCCGGUCCAGGCCGGCAUGAAGGACUCGUUCCGUGAAGCCCACCCGGAUCCCGUCGCGGACCCGGGCUACACCUGGUCGCCCAUCUUCCUCAACAACCCCGACUACGACGACAAGCCGGAGCCCAAGGACCGCAUCGACUUUGUCUACUACGCGGGCGCGAUGCGUGUCAAGGAAUCGGUCGCGUAUAUGAUCGAUGAUCCGCCGCCGAAGCCGGAGCCCAAGCAAAAAGACAAUUUUUGGACGUCGGACCACUACGCCGUCGUCACCACGUUUGAAAUGCUCGACAAGGCUUUGGGCAAGAGUUGA